AAAAUCUUACACGUGUUAAUUUUAGAGAAAAAAUAAAAAUAAAAGUGGACCCACUUUUCGUUGUUCAUGCUUCAACCACGCCAUGUCUUACACGCCACAACCUCAACCUCACGCCACUCCACUCAUCUUCUGCUUCUUCACUCACUCGGACUAAAAUCGACCAAGUCACUCAGUUUCGGACUUUCAAUCCCUGAUGAGUCUCGCUCUGAAGGAGCCCAUGAAACCCACUUUGCUUGUUUCUUUUCUUCUUCAUUUUCUGGUUCUGUUAUCCCAUGCGACGACGGACCAUGAUGCCGAUUCCGGUAGCAGCGGCACCAGUAUAGUUUUCACCACGCUUGGCAGACUAGACUACGCCUUCGACAUCUUCAGCCUUCCCAUUCAAAACCCACCCUCUGAAACCCGCGAAACCAAAAUCACUGAUGGUCAAUCGGUGAAUUUCAAUGGCCACUUUCCAUCUCCAUCAUCGAUCUCUCUCCUGCGCAAUCGGACUCUGAUUCGAACCGUCGGUGGACGACCUGACGCACCGCCUCUGCAACUCAUCUAUGUAACCGAGAGAGAUGGGUUGUCUAAUAUAUACUAUGAUGAGGUUUAUUCCGACGAUCUUUUCCCCCAAAUCGCUGGAAAAAGAUCUGCUCUCGAAGUUCGGAAUCGAGUUCAGAUACCUUUGUUGGAUUUGAAACAGAGCGAACAUCGAGCUUCUAUGAAAGACAAACCCAGUUUGACCGGAGAUUACUUGGUCUACGUUUCGACCCAUGAGGAAUCCGGCGAGGCCAGGACGAGUACGGCUGCUGUGUACUCCACCGAGUUGAAAUCCGGCGUGACUCGGAGACUGACUCCGUACGGUGUCGCUGAUUAUAGCCCUUCGGUUUCGCCUUCUGGGGAUUGGACGGCCGUCGCUUCGUACGGACCAAAAGGAUGGCAAGGUGAGGUUGAGGAACUCAGUACGGAUAUCUAUGUUUUCUUGACUCGGGAUGGGACUCAGCGAGUCAAAGUGGUUGAACACGGUGGUUGGCCUGCUUGGGGAGACGAGAGGACUCUGUAUUUCCACCGGAGAGGAGAAGAUAAGUGGUGGAGCAUUUACAGAGCGAUUCUUCCGAAAACCGGUCCGAUUUCCACCGAAUCGGUGGUCGUUGAGCGAGUCACCCCGCCGGGUCUCCACGUCUUCACUCCGGCGACAUCCCCGGGGAACAAAAAGUUCAUCGCCGUUGCAACGAGAAGACCAACUUCUCAGUUUCGCCACAUAGAGCUCUUCGACCUCAAAACCAACGAGUUCAAAGAGCUGACUCGUCUUGUGUCGCCAAAAUCCCACCAUUUGAACCCGUUCAUCUCGCCCGAUGCAACCCGGGUCGGGUACCACCGUUGCAGAGGACAAGAAAAUGGAAGAGGAAGCUCCAACUCCAAGCUCGUACUUCAGAACCUUCCAAGCCCAGUUCCGGAGAUCUCUCUCUUCCGAAUCGACGGUUCCUUCCCGAGUUUCUCACCCGCCGGUGAUCGUAUCGCUUACGUCGACUUCCCAGGUGUUUACAUCAUUGAUCCUGACGGUCAGAAUCGACGCCAGGUGUACGAAGCAACCGCCUUCUCCACCUCGUGGGACCCAGUUCGCAAAGGGAUCAUAUACACCAGUGCUGGACCCGAAUUUGCCACUGUGAGUACGGAGGUUGACAUCAUAUCCAUCGACAUUAACGAUGUUGACCAACCAGCCGUCAAGAAGUUGACCACCAACGGCAAAAACAAUGCUUUCCCUUCAGCUUCACCCGAUGGUAAAUGGAUCGUCUUCAGGUCGGGUCGGACCGGGUACAAAAACCUGUACAUAAUGGACGCUGAGAAUGGAGAGAAAAGCGGGCUCCGCAGGCUAACCGAAGGUCCAUGGUCCGAUACCAUGUGUAAUUGGUCGCCCGACGGUGAGUGGAUCGUGUUUGCUUCGGAUCGGGAUGACCCGGGUAGUGGGGGCUUCGAAUUGUACCUGAUCCACCCGAACGGAACCGGGUUGAGAAAAUUGAUACAAAGCGGGUCGGGUGGUCGGACCAACCACCCGUGGUUCAGUCCGGAUGGGAAGAGUGUAGUAUUUACCUCGGAUUACGCAGCUAUAUCAGCUGAGCCGAUAUCAAACCCACAUCAUUAUCAGCCUUACGGUGAGAUCUUCACGGUGAAAUUGGACGGGUCUGAUUUGAGGAGGUUGACGCAUAAUUCUUAUGAGGAUGGGACCCCGUUUUGGGUUCCGAAACGCAUCAAGGCCGUUGAUGUGGUGUGGCCUGAAGAUAAGCCACUGUGCGAAUUUGAGGAUUUGCACUGGCUGAAUGAGAUGCCAAGCCAAUUGUUUGGGGCUAAAGCCAGAUUUCCCAACAUGACUUAUCAGUGUGGUGUGUCGUUUUAGUUGAUCAAACAUUUUGUUUUAGGUUCUACUUUGUAUUUCAGGCUUGCAUAACGGUGUCUUUAUAUAUAUAUAUAUAUAUAUAUGUAUAUAUGAAUGUAGAAAUCGCCCACGAAACACAUUUUGUAACAUAUUGUAACAUAUAAUAACAGCAUGGAUUUGUUGUUGUA